CUUGACGGACAGUCAAGUGAGGCGGCAUCUAUCGACUUGACCGAGACCGAGGAGAUGUCGGAAAUCUCGAAAACACAGGCGAAGCAGCGGGCAGAUGCCAUUCUCGCACAGCAGUCACUUGAGAAUAAUGCUGAAUCAAUCUUUGCUGCUUACAAGUGCCCCGUGUGUAUGGACACUCCCGUAGAUGCUACCAGCACUGUGUGUGGACAUCUUUUUUGUCACAAAUGCAUCACCGAUACCCUAAAGUUCAGCGAAGAACGGUCAGACUCUACUAGUAAAUCGCCGAAAGGCACAUGCCCGGUGUGCCGGAAGCCUUUGUCACGAAACGACGUCGCAGGUCCGAAACGACAUUUAAUACCUCUGCAGAUAAAGCUGCUGCGGCGUAAGAGAAACACA